GCGGCCGCCGGGCGAGGAGCGGGCGGGAGGAGCGGGCAGGGCCGGGCGGGCACCGCGCCGGGACCGCGCCACAGGCUGACCCGAAGACCUGUAUCAAGGAGUUGCACAAGGGGAGGAGACAGAAACUGGAAGCUCUCUGAAUGUGCUGCCCGCAGACUUGAGGCUUCUCUGGGGACUCUAGAUGACUUCCCACAAGAGAUGCUUUCAGAAGGGGUUUUGCUGAAGACAGAGCACUGCAGCCUCUAACUGGGACAGCUCCUGCUGGUCUGGAGCUGAGACCAACUUCCCUCCCUCCCUUUUCCCUUGGAGAUGUUGCAGAGAUUUAAUCUGACCUCUUCCAGCUCACCUGAAGCCUGCCGUGGUGAUGAUCCCACAGCCAGAUCCGACCACCAAAGAGAAGAGAAUCGUGCGUUUGAAGCUGGGCCGUCGUUGUAACUGAACUGGAAUUUGCUCCCUGCUUGUGCUCCUGCAACGAGUGCCCUUCUUCUGCUUGUCUGUGUGUGUUUUGAGCCACUUCUCCCUGAUCUUGUUUGGAAUUCCUGAGCUUUUCACACUGAAUUUGCCCAUGGCUUUCCUGAUGAAGAAGAAGAAAUUCAAGUUUCAGACAAGUUUCACUCUAGAAGAGCUGACUGCCGUCCCCUUUGUGAAUGGGGUCCUGUUCUGCAAAAUCAGGCUGCUGGAUGGAGGAGACUUUGCUAGUUUAUCUACCAGAGAGGAAGUUCAGGAAAACUGUGUCCGCUGGAAAAAGAAAUUCACCUUUGUGUGUAAAAUGAGUGCCAACCCCGCCACAGGACUCCUGGACCCCUGCAUCUGCCGAGUAUCUGUCCGUAAGGAGCUGAAGGGCGGAAAAACCUACUCAAAGCUGGGCUUUGCUGAUCUAAAUCUGGCAGAAUUUGCGGGCUCUGGAUCCACUGUCCGUUGCUGCUUGCUGGAAGGAUAUGAUACCAAGAACACCCGACAGGACAACUCCAUCCUAAAGGUCACCAUCGGAAUGUCCCUGCUCUCGGGGGAUCCCUGCUUUAAAACGCCUCCUUCCACUGCCAAAUCCAUCACCAUACCAGGGCAGGACUCUACCCUGCAGCUGACCUGCAAGGGAGAGGGAACCACAAGCAGCAGCAGUUCCUCCACAAUCGGCUCUGUGCGCCAGACCAAGCCAAGAACUGCCAUUCUCAGCUCGGGUGUCCCAGAAGAACCGGAUCAGAACCUGUCCAGCCCAGAGGAAGUUUUCCACUCAGGGCACUCGCGGAACUCCAGCUACGCCAGCCAGCAGUCCAAGAUCUCUGGUUACAGCACGGAGCACUCCCGCUCCUCCAGCAUGUCCGACCUGACCCACCGCCGGAACACGUCCACCAGCAGCAGCGCGUCCGGAGGGCUCAGCAUGACAGUGGAGUGUCCUGAGGGAGAGCGGGACCACAAACUAGAGAAGCCACCUCGCCCCCCCAGACCGGCCCUUCUGCUGGACAGACCCUCCCGAAGGAAAAAGGAUUCAGUGGAGAGUCACCCUACCCGAGUGGAUGACACCAGGAUCGAUGCUGAUGAUAUAGUGGAGAAAAUAAUGCAGAGCCAGGACUUCACAGAUGUCAGCAAUACUGAAGACAGUAACCUGAGGUUGUUUGUGAGCAGAGAUGGAACAACUACGCUGAGUGGAAUUCAGCUGGGAAACAGGGUCUCGUCUGGAGUUUACGAGCCAGUGGUGAUUGAAACCCACUAAAUGUGAAGAACAGGGUAGAGCUGCUGGACACAGGCCCCCUACCCAGUCCGCUGCCACAUGGAUGCCAACCUUUACCUCUCUUCAUGCAGAAUUCCAGAAGGGAUUUCUCCAUGCCCCUCCCCAUACGUUUGCACUGCAGAACUACUCCAAGACCACUCCAGAACAUGCACUUUCCCUGCAUUGGCAUUAUCCUUCUCUGCUUCCUGGUCCUUCCAGUGCCUGCCUUCCCCCUGUUCCUGCUGAGAUGCAAGGUGUCUGUGGGGCUUAUCCUUGGGCUAGUCCCGGAGGAUGUUGCUCGUGUCCAUCCCUCACUCCACCCAUUCACUUGCAGCGGGGGACUUCUCAGCUUCUGUCUCCCCAGAACGUUGGGUUAUACCACUGUGAACUCUUCAAACCACUUGGGGGAGGGGGAAGCCAUUCUAACCAAACCCAGAGCUGCUUGUUGGGGACAUGGUGACAUGGCCACUUGCAGGAUGCUUUAUUCCAUUGACUCUGCAAGGGAACAUCACCUCCCAAGGCAAACGUUUUACUGAACAAGGUAUGCUGUGGUGUACACCUCAUCUUCCUACCCUCACACCCCCAAACAUCAUCUUCUCAUAGGAAAUACUUCCCAAAAGUGCAUUUCAGAAAAAUUCCGCAAUCCAGCUGGGAGUUGAUGAACGGUUAAAUGCGAGUGCUCGUCACACCACUGACUGCAGUAGCCCUUCCACUGCUGGGCAUGGAAGGGAAUGGUCAUCAACUAGCAUUAGCAGGAGCACUUUAGAGGUUACAGAUUUUACCUGGAGGAGGCUUCUACUCAUUAUUCCAGGAGCAUAAUCCACGUUUGCUGGACUGAUUCAGCAAAUAGUACUGUUGGAGCUUGGAAUACAAAGCCUCUCUUUUUGGGUUGUUUUUUUUUUUUUUUCUUUGGCUCAGGAAGGGAACUGCCCUUCUUGGACUGUGAAAAGAAUACGGUUCUCUGACAGCCCUCCCCUGGGCCAGAGCAGGGUGCAGUUGACUGCAGUGGUCUCUCUGUUGUGGUGGUGAUGUCGAUUGCCUCUCUUGGCCCGGGCCAGUAAGGGAUUCGGUGUUGGUUGGCCUUUCUUGCCCUGUCAGCAGAGAUCUGUGUCUGAGCUGGUUCCUUCUGGGGCUGGUGAGAAGCCACUGUCUCUGCCUUCAAGGGUAGAAUGGGUGUUUGCUGCUGCAUUAGCCACAGCAGCUGUUCUUACCUGCUCCGUGGCGAGUGAACUCUUCUGACAAGGCUUCAAACUGUUCUCUGGUUGAUCUUUCAAUUGCUCUUCUUUGGGUUUGGUUUCUGCAGUUGUUCAACGCUUUAGCUGCCUCUUUUCCUUGCAGUGUGCGGCUGAGAUGUCUCUCCCUUUCAGCUCCCCCUCGGAGAUCCUCCUGGCAGCCGAAUUGCCAGCGAGGAUCCGUGCAGCCCCCGCUGUGGGCCGACAGCGGGCUGUGCUUGCAGCCCUUCCUGUGCAGAGCCUCUCAGCUGAUAAGCUAUUUCUGUGUGGUGCCCAUUCCUCUUUUGCCAGUGCACUGUGGUAGCACUCGACAGCCGUGCCCUCGGAGCAAUUCCACACGCGUGGGCUUGGCUGGGAUGUGCCCUCCUCUGGCACACGUGUGUGUGUGUGUGUGUGUGUGUGCACAUGUACAGACACACACUCAUCCUGCUCAGCAAGGAAAGGCUCGUAACUGAUCACGUUGUCCUUCAAAUUCUUAAUUAUUUUAAAGCCUUUUUUUUUUUUUUUUUUUUAAGGAGAAAAAAAAAAAAGGAUUAAUUGUGGUCUCUGUGGCCAGAAUGCAUGCAGAUGAGCUACAGGAAAAGGGAAUUUGGCAGAAUGAGAAACAAGGAAUGAAAGAGCCUUGAUGUAUCAUUUUUUUUCACCCUUCUAGUUAAGGAUGCUGCAUGGGGAGUGCAUGGGUGCUCAGCAGUGUGGCAAAGCUGUACAGCUGCUUACUCUGUUUUGAUAGUUUCUCUCUUUGAGUUAAGAGGUUUCUUUCUGUAUUUGGACAGACCACAUAUAGGAUAUGCAUCUUUUUCACCCUUUCCCUUCAAGGGGAAGUAAAUUUGAAUUAGGGUAAGAAGAGGGUACAGCCAACACCUUGGUUUGCUUUAAUGUAGGGAAAACUUGUUGAAUCUUGAGUCUGUUUAGAACAAAAGCUCUUUCAGACUUGCUGGUGUUUUUUAGUGGUGAUCCCUUCUUCAUUCAGCCUGGGUAGGUUUAGCACUUGCCAGCAGGCUGCUGAGCAUCCUGCCCUGUUCCUGGGGUGCUGCGUGUCUGCAGGAAGGAGAGAACUGCUUGCUUUUCUCUCUCCCUGGGGCUCUGCCAGAAAACCAGGCCUGGCCUGACCCUCUGCUCAGGUCAGGGUGAGGGCAGAAGGAGGCUCAGACAGCAGCGGGUGUUCCUGCCCUGUCUGUGGCUGGCUGUGCAGAGCUGAGGGUCAGCACAGAGCCCCUGCUACUCCUCAGGGGCCAGCGAAGCCCCUCGGGGAAAUCAGAUCCAACUGGGACUUGAAAAGAGCAAACAUAAUCCAGGAAAGAGGCCAAAACCCAGUUCACUUCGGCUGCAUUGCUUCUGUUCCCAUGAAAAACAAUGGCAGUCACUGUCAGAGCAGUUGGGAUCCCAGGGCAUUCUUCUGGCCUCCACUGGCAGGAGUCGGCUGCUCUGAGACACUGGCAGCUUGGCAUGUCACGAAAUCCCCAGCGAGGCAGAGGGAGGAAUCUCUUCCCAGCAAAGCAAGAGGAGAAGCAGUUGAGCUUUUUGGAAAGCUGGUAUCAUCUCCCCAGGCUGGCAGAGGCGUAACCAUCACAUCGCUGUGGCCCACCUGGGGCAGCACGUCUUUGGCUUCUCUUCCCCGUGGCUUGGCACAUCACUGCUUGUGUUUUUGAUGGCUGUGUCUCAUAGGGUAUCUCUUCCUUGUCUCCCUGUUAUUGUUGAUUCCACAGAUCCUGGUCUUUAUGUGGCUUUUUAGCUCUCCUACCCGUCAUUCUGGAUGAGAAAGCAGUCCUGGUCAUCCAGCCUGGCAGAGGGCUGGAGCACCCAGAGCACACCCCGAGGGAGGAAGAGCAGUCUGUUCCUAUUUCUAGAUCCCACGCAGAGCUCCUGCUGCAUGAGCAAUGCCUGCUGGUUCCUGGCUGGCCAUGGGCAUCUGAGGUGGUGGUGGCCAUGGGGUCACUGGUCCCACACACUCUCCGCUGCCUCGGGAAGCUGCGUCUCAUGAGCACUUUUUUUCCUUGUGGCAUCGCUGCCGCCUGUUCCUUGUUGGACUUUGAACAUUUAAGAAGUGAAUCAGUUUCCAGACCCAAACCGCUGGCUAGUUUCCUUUGGGUUUUUCUCUUUUUCUUUUUUUGUUGUGAAGUUUAUGGAAUUUUUUUUUUUUUAUGUAAACCCAGCAGGCUGGUGUUUUUUUGACUGCAUUAUUGUUUCAUUGAUAUUUUAUUUCAGGGGGGCUGAGGGGGGGGGGGAUGUUCUUCUCCACAUUGUUCCCCUUCUCAGGGGAUUCAGAGGUGGCUUAAACAAGUAAAAGGACCUUAUUGGAGAGACUCUGCAUCCCCUGGGUCUCUGAUGCUGAUGAGCGGGGCUGCUCAUGCCUGGCUGGCUCUGGAGGGCAGAGCUGGCUCUCUGCUCCAGUCUGGAGGGGCCAGGCAAAAUGUGUGGGCUCUGCUUUCCCAGUUUCUGGACCUUUAGUUGGUGGAAGCCCAUUGCAAAGCGUUAGGAAAUUAGUGUAACUUUUUUACUAACUUUUCUUUUUUUAAAACCAGUGUAAAACUGAGUGAAUGUCCAAAAGAAUAGGCUUAGCCAUGACUUGGUGAAGGAGAUGGGUUUCAAUUGGAAAUUGUGAUUGGAAAAAGGGGGAGAAGGAUGUUGCUCCUCCAUCAUCUUCUGUAUGGUCAGCACCUUGAGUGGGGGCCUCGUGAUGUCCUGACCCUUGGAGCGAUGGGCAGCAGGCGUGUGAUUUCUCCCCCUCUCCCCCAUUGCCACAUCACUUUGCCCCCUGCAGAAAGUUAACAAGCCCUUUUAAACGUUUGCUUCAGUUUUUAGAGGGUUCCGAACCAGGCCGAGACCUGAAGAAAUAGGUAUUUCAUUCUCAUCUGAAUAGGAGGGGUUGACUUUUUUUUUUCUUUUUUUUUUUUUUAAUUUAUUUUGUCGUUGCUGUUUUCUUUUUAAACCCGCGGUAGCGCAGCUGGGCUCUGCACCGCCGCCGGGAUCCUCUGGGAAAACCUCACUCCAGGUACGCUAGAGCACCUCGGAUAAACCCCCUCCUGGCGAGGGGCCCCUUUCCCUCCUCGCUGCCUUACCCGGGGGCUGCAGACCCCCCUCUGCCCCUCCUGCCCCGGCCCUGCUGCCCCACCUGGUCUCUAGCUGAGUUCUUGCCCCGGUGACUGAGCCCUGUGGACAAGGCCGGUCCCCAGGGACAAGUUCCUACAAACACUGCCUGGUUGCAGCUGUUUGUCCUUUAAAAAGCCACUUCCUCGCUGUGUGUGGGGGGUGAUAAGUGCAGAAUUUCCCCCCACACACUCCCCUCCUGAGAGCUGUGCCCAUCAGUCCCCCCCAUCCCGUGCCAUCCAAGCCCAAUGCCCUCCACGGUCGCCCCCGCCCCGCUGGGGGACGUGGAAACCUGGGAAAUGAAAAGGAAUUUGGGUGAAGCUCCGAGCGAGGGGUGCGGCUGAGCCUCGGGACCUGCCUCUCAAACACAAGGAGUGACGGCAGAGCCCGUAUUUUUGUGGGGGGAGGGAGGGAGGGGGAAAGAAAGGGGAGAUGGUGUUUUAUUUUCUUGAAAGUGAAUUGAGCUUGGUGACCUUUGGCUGAGGCGCGCACUCGAUUUGUAUCAGAUUCUAUAAGAGAGAUGGCUGAUAUUUUUGGAAAGGGAAUGGGUCUAUGCAAACUUCCAAAAUUGCUUGAAAAGAUAGUUUAACAUUUUUUUUACUUUGAGAUCUAAAGAUGAAUCUAACUUUUUUCUUAAAGCAGAAGUGCGUUUAGAAAGAGAAGCUACUUCCACUGCUCUAUUUUGAUGAUGAUUCUUGGAAAGUUUGGGCUGGAGGGAAUGACUAUUUUUCACCAUUUUUAUCUUGCUCCUCUAGUUUUUUUGUUUCUUUUUUUCUAACGGAAUGCUGUGCCGUCUUUGAUUCAACAGAUCGUGUUUGUAUUUUCUGUAUCUGGUUCCUAACGUAGAGAAAUAACAAAUAUAUGAGGAAAUCAAUAUAAUGUCAAAUGUUGUUAUGGUUUGGGGGGAAAAAAAUAAAGGUUUUUGGUACUUCA